CAGCAUGACGGUCGCCCCCGGCCGGCCGCCCUCCCUCCGUCCCUCCCUCCGAGAGAAAACCCGUCCACGUCCGCGUCCGCGCCGGUCCCGACCCGCAGCCCCAACGCAGAGCGGAGGCGCAGAAAGAGGCGGAGAUCCGAGGAGGGAGGCGAGAGCAAUCGAGUCUUCAGCUGCGCGAGCGGGAGGGCGCUCGCCCGGCACUGCCCCGGCUCAUCCGCAUGCGGCUCUUCUCCGAGCCGAGCGCUCCCCCUCCNNCAGUUUGCGUUCAGACGCGCCUCUCCCAGCGGAGCCUCCUGCUCCCCUCCUCUCUUUCCGCCCGGGGUGGCUUUCCUACGGCUUCCUAGAAGCCCCGUCGCGCAUUUCCAACAAGUGGCUUCCGCCCUGGCGAUGGGCAACCGCCGACUGUUGCUGAUUUCCAACUCCACCCUCUACGGAGGAGGCUAUCUAGACCACUGCCAGGAACACAUCAAGAACUUCCUUGGGGCGCAGGUGAGGAAAAUCCUGUUUGUUCCCUAUGCUCUUCAUGACCAAAUUGCUUAUGCUAAGAUGGCAAGAGAGAAGCUGGAAAGUUUAGGCUAUGGACUAGACAGUAUCCAUGAAUCAAGCGAUCCAAGAGAAGCUGUGAGAAAUGCUGAGGCAAUAUUCAUUGGUGGUGGCAAUACUUUCCGUCUUUUGAAAGCUCUUUACGACAAUGAUUUGAUAUGGCCAAUCAGGAAACGAGUUCUUGAGGAUGGGAUCCCAUACAUUGGAUCCAGUGCAGGAACCAACGUAGCAACUAUCAGCAUCAACACAACUAAUGAUAUGCCCAUUGUCUAUCCGCCAUCUUUGACAGCUCUCGGAUUGGUUCCUUUCAACAUCAAUCCACAUUACUUGGACCCAGAUGUUAAUAGCACUCAUAUGGGGGAAACUCGUGAAAAAAGGAUUAUGCAGUUCCAUGAAGAACCAGACACACCUCCAGUGUUAGGCUUACGCGAAGGAUCACUGCUGCUCGUGGAAGGAAAGAAAGCUACUCUGCAAGGGAAAACUGGGGCACGGCUGUUUGUGAGAGGGCAUGCCCCAACGGAACAUGAGUUUGGAACGGAUUUCAGUUUCCUGUUAACCGAGAGCCUCAAGACGGUGUAAUGAUUUUUCUAAGUGUCCUGUCCUAUGCAGAAUCCUGCUUCCCAAAAGGCAGGGGAAAAAAAUGCCUUGUAUCAGAAGAGCAAACAGCUGGUAACGGUUCUCAACAUCUUUCCACAGCUAAAUUCCAGUCUUUUUCCACAGAAAAAUUGAGUUCUGGAAAAUACUAAUAAAGAGUUCUUGUAAAUAA